AUGCUUGGCAACAAGCAAUUCAAACGCAAAGCUGUUCCGCAACGUACCCGACUCUACGGUCAAUCUACUCCUACUUCCACGGCCGGCCAGAAGCUUACCCAUGCCGACUUGAAAUGGCUCCUGCAGGAACAACAGGACAACUUUAGAGCCAUGUUCAACAACUUUCUAUCACCGCUUGGUGAUACCAUCGGUCCGCUCGUGAGGGAUAUCAUUCAGGAUGAACUACGUUCGCAAUUGGGCAGGACUCCGGUGAACCUCACCAACAUGACAGCCAGCACUUCAGCCACUUCAGCGGCACGACCAAAUGCAACCAAACCCGCCAGGAGAGUACCGAAGGGGCUCAAUCAGUUAGUCAAAGAGUUCCUCAAUGGCUUUAUACCUGGGUAUUCAAGUCUCACACCCGCCGACGUGACCAAGUAUGGCGCUGGAAACACGGGGCCAGGCAGCUGCUGACCGACCUCACCAAUCCUCAUCGAACAAGGCCACAGUUCGCGGCAGUAGAGGACGCCAUCUCGAGCUUCAUGGACUAUGAGCCCAGAUACGCCAGCAUAGUCUCGCCAAAGUGACUGACGAACUCCUCUUGGUUGUCCGCAACCGACUCACCAAUAUGAAAGCUGGGCGAAUCAAGGUGAAGUCUUAGUCAAGGGGACGAUGUUGAUGACGAGUAGGCCUCAUCUACACACAGGCAAUUGGUGCGGGAAUCGUAUAUACCCCAUCGUGAAAACUUCUAUCCCCAGUACUACCACAAGGUUGGAGGUCCAUGGAAUCUACGUCAAGUGGCUCGGAGGCGUCGAUGUCAAACAAGUCAACGUCUACAAGCUAAGGCAUUCCACGUUAUUGACCGGAUGC